UGUGUCACGUCGGUUUCAAUUAGUUAAUACAUAAAAUAUGAGUUUAUUAAUUUUACAAAUAAAAAUAGAUAAAUACUUAAUAUUUUCAAUAUAAUAAAACUGAAAUAAUCAGCAAGCAUUACACAAUUUAUUUUACAUUUAUAGAAUAAUUAAUCUCUAUACGAUUUGUCCGUAAUUCAUUAAUCGUGCUCGAUAAUAUUGAUAGUGGUUUUAACGAUUCUAAUAUAUGAAUGUGGAUUAAAAUAGAAUAAUAAUUAGAAUGAACAGAAAUAUUGCUAGAUUAAACAUUUAUUUAAAUAAUUAGAAUUAAUAUAAGAAUGAUAGUGAUGGUGCAGUUUUCAUAAUGAAAUUCUUAGAUAUCAGUACAGAUGUGUUAGCCAUCAAAUGUGUGGGAAAUUACAUAUUUGUUGGAUCAGGCUGCAAGUUGUAUGUGAUAUACAAAAAUGAUUUCAAAAUAAAAUUAAAAAUAAAUGCAUUACAUCCUGAUAACAUACAUGGUAUUGUGUAUAGAAAUAAUAAGUUAAUUGUUUAUGGAGGAAAAUGUUUGUGCUGCUUUGAUCUUGAUAUGAUAAAUGAUUCAAUAAACAUAACAAAAUCGGACAUUGUACAUAAAUUUGAUGAUUGGAUUAUAAGUGUUGAAUGGCUAGAGCCAUUACACAAUUCCAAUUUAACUGUUUUAUUUGCACAUAAUAAUGUUUUUACUUUUGAUUUUAAUGAGAGAGAGUAUUUUAAUACCACUUGCAAUGAAACAUGUCUAUUAUAUGCUGGAAGUAUGUGUGGUAAUGGUCCUGGAAAUGUAAUUAUAUUUAGUGGAACCGUAUUUCAGGAAAUUUUAAUAUGGAAAGUAAACCAGAAUAAAUUAACAACUACUCCAAAUGGAAUUAGCAAAUACUCCAAAGUUUUGCAUAGAUUAAAAGGACACAAAGGUGUAAUAUUUUCAGUGUUUUAUAAUUCAUUUAAUAAUUUGAUUUGUUCUACGUCUGAUGAUAGAACUGUGCGAUUAUGGAAAGUAGUUUCAGAAUACAAUUCAGAUCAAACAAAUCUGAUCUGGGAAAAUGUUGAGGUAUCUCUUCAAGCUACAAUGUAUGGUCACUUAGCAAGGGUAUGGAAAGCUAUAAUGUUAAAAGAUAUGAUUGCGAGUAUUGGAGAAGACUCUCGAAUAUGCUUUUGGGAUUUGUCUGGAAAAUUAUUGAAUAAGGUGGAAGCUCACUGCGGUGCACCUAUCUGGUGUAUAGAUAUGUCGCAAGAUAAUAUUAUUUAUACAGGAGGUGCUGAUGGUUCAGUAAAUUCUUGGCCUUCUAAUAAAACUACAAAUUAUGUACAAAACAAAUUAGCAUUAGAUACUGACAUGGUUCCUAAAUAUGUCAAUUAUCUCCAUAAUUGUGAUAUUAUCGUAUAUGCAAAUAUGAGAAGUUCUAGCAAAUUAUUACACUAUUUAGAAGAUAAAAACUUAUUGGUUGAUGCUUAUGAUUUACCUAUGCAUAAUUCAAGCUACUGUAUUAUGGAAAUGUCUCCAGAUAGAAAGUCAAUUGCUUUAGCUUCAAUUAAAGGUGAAAUAUCACUUUACAAAAAAUCUGAAAAUACAUGGAUUAAAAAUGGUACCUAUAAGAUUACUGAAUUUAAAAUAUCUUCUAUGCAGUGGUUGAGUGUUGAUAUAGCUUUAAUUAGUGCAGCAAAAGGAAGUUUAUGUGUGGUUAAAUUUUCUAUUCAAGGUUUCGAAAUUUUAUCACAACACAAAUUGCCUGCAAGUCGCGAACGCUGGGUUACAGCAGCUUGCAUGUAUGAUAAUAUUAUGAUAUGCGGAGACAGGAUGGGUAGUAUUUUUGUGUAUAAACUGUCAAUUGACUCUGUUAACCCAAUUCAAUCUUUUAAAAAAAUUCAUGGCAGACUGGGUGUACAGUCAUGUAUUGUAAUUGAAAACAAUUUACUGACUAGUGGUCGUGAUGGAAAAUUAAGAUUUUAUAAUAUCUAUAAACUAGAUAAUGAAGUUCCAAAAAUUGAAUACAUAUAUUGUAAGAACAUGCCCAUGGAUUGGGUUAGUAAAGUGUUAAAGUAUCAAAAUGACUAUUAUGUUUUAGGGUUCAAAGAGGAUGAGUUUGUUAUGUAUAGUGUUUCAUUAAAAAGAAUUUUAGUUAAAUUUUCUUGUGGAGGUGGCCAUAGAUCUUGGGAUUGCAUAAUUUACAAUAAUGAAAUACAUUUUGUAUAUAUUAAAAAAAAACAAUUUCAUAGUAUUGUUAUUCCUUUAGAUACUUUAUAUAUUCCACCUUUAUUGACAGGUUUAUGUAAGAAAGAAAUAUACACAGUUAAGUCAAUCCCAAUCGUCUCAAAAAGUUGUAAUAUUUUAGUAGGUGGAGGAGAGGAUUGUACCUUGAAUUUAAUACACAUUAAUUCAUCUACAAAAGAAUCAAACAUGAACUUUAAAAAUUUAGAAUCCUUUGAUGGACAUUUAUCUUGUAUUAAAUGUAUUUCAAUAUUUGCCCUGAGUGAAAAUGAAAAUGUUAGUAAAAGCUUAAUUUUUUCUGGAGGUGGAAGAGCUCAACUAAGAAUAUGGGAAGUGACCAUAAAGUCAAAUAAUAAUUUGUUUGAAAGUGCGGAUUUGCUUUGCAAAGAUCUUUCGUCAUACAUGUUAUAUGGACCAGACACAGAACGAGAUAAAAUUUGGAUUGGUAAAGAAUUAAUGUACAAUAUUGAUCCAGAAAUGAGAUAUAUGGACAUAAGCACACUAAAAAUUUCUAGUAAUGGUCAAAGUAUACUUAUUUUUAUAGCUUGUUCGGAUGGAUGCUUAAGGACAUUUACCUAUGACGUAUUUUCAAAUGAAAUAAAAUUAAUCAACACUUUGUCUUACAAACAUCGAUGUAUUUUAAAAAUUCACUCAUUUAUAUUUCGAGAAAAAAUAUUUUUAAUAACCAUGGCAACUGAUGGAUUUUUAAACUUCUGGCAUUUUUUUUUUAAUAACGAAGAAGUUGAUAUAACAAAAUUAUCUGUUAAUGACGAAAUGGAAUUUCAUUUACAUCAAUCAGGAAUUAAUAGUUUUGACAUAGCAAUUAUUAGUGAUACUAAAUACUUAUUAGCCACAGGUGGAGAUGACAAUCUCCUUUGCUUAACAAGUUUUCAAAUUCAUUUCCCAGAUAAUAGCAUUCCAUCUAUACAAAUUAUUUCUAUAUGGAAGACUAAUUGCGUACAUUAUGCGCAAAUUACAGGUGUGAAACUUCUAAAUAAUAAAUGGCUUUUUAGUGUUGGAGCUGAUCAGAAACUUUCAAUACAUAAAUAUUCAUUUAGCAACACUGAAAUUCAUUCCACACUUGUCAAAGAUGAGACUCUUUGUAUACCUGAUAUACAAGGGUUCACAUUUAUUGAAGAUGCAAUAAAAGAUACAAGUUCAUUUUGUGUAUAUGGAAAGGGAAUCCAGUUAUUACAAUAUCAAAACAAAGAAUUCUCAUGAUGAACUUUUAUAUAACAAUAUUUUGUUACCACACCCACACACACACACACACAACUAAAUAAAUAAAAUAUCGUUAAAAAAUAUUUUACUUAAUUUAUUUUAAUAUAUCUGUGUGGAUCUGUAUCCAUAAUAAAUUAUAUGAUUAUGUAAAAAAAUAAGUACCAAAGGAAGUUAGAUUA